AUAUAAACUAAAGGGUGAAAUAUAUCUAUAUAUUUUCUUAAUUUCACUCAGCAAUUUACUUAUUCCGCUAAAUGUUUUUCUUAUAACGCACAUCGAUACUUUCGCGUUUGCUACACUCACAUUUGUUUUCCACCCUAUAUUAAAGAAAAAUUAUGACAAAUUAGUAAACAUUUACUCUAAUUUCGUCUUAACAACAUUGCAUAAAUAUAGUAGAAAUUGUAUUAAAAAAGAGGAAUUUUACGUCUUGAAAGAUCAGUCAGUCGUUUUAUUGACAUAGCUGCUCCAUCCGUCCUGCGAAAUGGUAUUUGCUGGUGAACGCUGUGUAAAGCUUCAUCGAAUUAUGCUUUCGGCUUUGGGAUUAUGGCCGUAUCACAAAUCAUUUAUCUGGCGAAUACAAUCCGUUUUCUUCUUCGGUGCACACUGCUCCACUUUAUUUUCUCAGUUGCUGCUGUUUAUAACGUCGGCGUGUAACAUGGACUGUACUCUAAAAAGAUUUUGUUAUAUUUGCGCUACUAUUAUUCCUAUCAUGAGUUACUACAGUUUUUACUUCAAUUCCGAAAAUUUAAAGAGAGCGUUGCAACAUAUGCUGCUCGACUGGAAAAUGUUUGAAAAUAGUGACGCAAUAAAAAUAUUUGAAGAAUAUCUCUUUGUAUCUUAUAUUUUCACAUUAUUUUCGUGUAUUUCUGUUCUAAUAGCUGGAGUUAUAUUUUCGGCUGUUGAAUGUAGAUAUAUCAUUCUUGAUGUUAUCGCACCAAUGAAUGAAUCCCGAUCACGUAAAAUUGAAAUGGAGUUUGAAUUAUUUGUCAAUGAAGAACAAUAUUUCUUUUUAUAUUUAGUGUUGGAGAUAGUAGGAGUGGAGAUUGGUGUUUGGUUGGUGCUUUCAACUGGAACGUUCCUAACUACAGUAGCGCAACAUUCAUGUGCAGUAUAUAAAAUUGUUAGUUAUUUAAUCCGAAAUACGGUGACUAUCCAUACGCUACAACUUCCUCCUUCCCAAAGAAUGCAAUUUAUGCGUCGGAAUAUUUAUCUUUCAAUUUACAUGCACAGAAGAACCUUAGAGCUCUGCAAAGGCUUGUUACUUUCAUUUGAUAUGUGGUAUUUCCCAUUAAUUUUAAUUUGCGUACUGUCUUUAAGUUGCGUUCUAUUUCGUCUAUACAAUGGUAUAAUACAUUCCGAUGACUUCUAUGACAUUUUAGUGCCUGCCGUGAUGUUGUGUUGUUAUAUCGUAUAUAUGCUACUGGCAAAUUUUCUAGGGCAAUCUUAUAGCGAACACAGUGUAGAACUAUUAGAAUCUACGUAUGAUAUUUAUUGGUAUGUAGCGCCAUUACCGAUUCAGAAAUUAUUCUUAAUUAUGCAAAAAUCUAUAAAGAGUCAUAAAAUAAUGUUGGGUGGUCUUUUUGUUCUGUCCAUAGAAGGAUUUUCUACGAUGAUGACUACAGCUGUAUCAUAUUUUACAGUCAUGCACGCUAUGCGUUUAUGAUUAGGAAAUAGUAACGAAAUAGCGAAAAAAUGUUAUUCAGAGCUAAGCAACGCUUACAAGCGUAAAAAUAAUUGUUCUUACAAAGAUACAUAAGUGAUGAAAGCUUUUAAGGAAAGAAACUAUCUAACUUAUAUGUACGUCAGAUGUAAAUCAGAAAUUGGCUCAUAUCCUUUAUUUUGGGCAUCACAUUUUUUAGUAGUAUUGGUUUUUAUAUUAUUUUAUGUAACUGUUUUGUUUUAGAGAAUAUUAGUUGCUAAUGUAAUAUCUGUCAUACUUUAUAAAAUAUUCAUUACUAAAUUUGAUGUGGUAAUUCUAUAUUGUAAUUAUUUAUGAUGUGUGAUAAAAUAUUAAUUUACUGUU